GACAGCAUCAUGACAGUGUUUGGAAACUGUACUGUGGUGUUUGAUGUGAAGAAUGUGCCCUUUAAAGAGAAGCAGAAGCUGAAAUCAGCUCUUCUGGAGAAUGGAGGAAACAUCUCCUAUAUCAUCACCAAAGAGUGCUCUUUUGUGGUCACCAGCAGUGUGAAUGACCUGAGCAGCAACCGGCAGCGCAGCAUCCAGAAGCUCCUGAUCCCGGUGGUUGGGACGCAGUAUGUGUGGAGCUGUCUGGAUGAAGGACAUCUUCUGCCUUUGAGGGAGCAUAAUUUGGCCACACAGCUGUCAUAUCCUGGCUCUAAAUCCCUCCCUUGUCCCGGGGUUUUAGUGUCUACUCAGACCCUAGAAUUACAGAAGUUCAAAGGUCAUUCUGAAGACCAAACUGACGUUAAGAUCCCUAAGAAGGGUGGAAGUUUCAGAGUGUACAAAGAAGGUGACAGUGACCUGCCUGAAUUUCCCUCAUAUUUUCAUGUGGCCAAGUAUUCAGUUUUUAAGAGGGUCAAACCCAAGACUUUGUCUGUUUUGGAGCUGCAGAGUGUCAAUGGACGAGCAGGCCAGCAGUAUCGUGUGCUGUGUUCAGUGUUGUGUGAAGCUGAGACUGCAGUGGUCCAGGACAAGCUUGUUUUCUGUGAGACGUCUGAAGAUGCUGUGGAAGCUUAUCUGAUGCUGAUGAAGGACAUGGAGACUCAGGGAUUCACAAAGACACACACACUUCCUGCUGAGGUUGAGCGCUUGGCAUCUUACAGCCUGCAGCAGCUUCUGCUGGAGGAAAGGCUGAACUGCAGCACAUUAUCAAAGGAAGUUGGUGUCUUCAUGGAGCUGAUUUGGACUGAAGCUCUCGGUUCUCUUAAUAACAUCCUGACAGUCCCCGUGUCCAGAAUCAGUCUCAAUGAUGUGAGCAGGGUGGAAGGAUUGUUACUGCAGGCACAAAAGGCUCAGAACGAGGAUGAAGCCAAAGCCCUGCUAGAGGAGGUCAACACACUCCUGCCCCUCAGAAUGAUCGACCCUCCGUCCAAACACAAGCUUGUGUCUCAGAAACUAGACCUUUGUCAGCUGAUCAGAGAUAUUGUGAAUGUGAGUGAAGCCACUCUGGGAAACCCGUCACCAUCGUCUCUGGGAAAGUAUCGAGCUCUGAGGUGCAGCAUUGACUUUGUUCCUCCAGAAAACCCUGAGUUUCAUGCAGUUUCUAAACUGCUUCAGGACAGGCCUGUUCAGAUUCAGCAGAUUCUGCGUGUCAGCAGAGGGGUGGAGCUUCAGAUGUUUAGGGAGGAGUUAGGCAACAUUAAACCCCUCCUCCACUCCACUAGUCCCAGUAGUUUGGUUGGAAUACUGUCACGAGGUCUGCUGCUGCCCAUGGUUGGAGUGAAACUGCAUGGAAUUGAGCGGACGGAUAUCGGGAAUCUUGGAGGAGGAAUCUACUUCAGUGACUCUCUAAAGACCAGUGUGAAAUACUCCAAGCCCAGUGUAACUGACGGCUCUCGGCUGCUGUUGGUGUGUGAAGUGGCGUUGGGUCGGUGCAAAGACCUGCUGAAGAAAGACACCAGUUUGACUUGUGCUCCUGACGGCUUCCACAGCAUACAUGGAGUCUGCCGCUCACACAUCAGAUUCUCUGAGUUUGAGGACGAUGAGUUUGUGGUGUUUAACACAGAGCAGAUCAGACUGAAGUAUGUGGUGCAGUUCACUCUGGAGGAGGACGAGUUAAAAGACUUCCAGCCUCAAAUCAGUACCUUUGUGGAGCUCUCAGACGCACCGACUGACGUCUUGUCCAGUGAUGACAGUGAGGGUUUUAAGUCCACUAAGAAUCCUCUGGAGGAGAUGAAUGCAGGUUUGCUGGACAGCAGUGGUCAGAAACUUCCUUUACAGGCUGUCAAUGUGAAGUGCAAACUGAUGGAUCUUCUGUGUCAGGUCAUCAUUUUUCAGACCUACACAAACCAAAGUGCUGUUCCCAUUGAAGCAAAGUUUGUCUUUCCACUGGAGGAGACGGCAGCAGUGUGUGGAUUUGAAGCCUUCAUCAAUGGAAAACACGUCAUUGGAAAGGUAAAGGAAAAAGAGCAGGCCCGUAAGGAGUACAAGCAAGCUAUAGAGAAAGGUCAUGGAGCCUACCUGAUGGACCAGGAUGCACCUGAUGUGUUUACUAUCAGCGUGGGGAAUCUUCCUCCUGGAGCCUCAGUUUUGAUCAAGGUGACGUUCAUCACUGAGCUGGUGGUGAGAUCGGGCUCUAUAGUCUUCUCACUGUCUGGCAGCGUGGCACCAUGGCAAGAGAGCGCCGCCCUUAACCAGACAACUCAGACAACUGUUGAAAAGAUUGGCCUGUCGGAGCCAAAGGGGGAGUUUUCUCUGUCUAUGUCCAUUGAAAUGCCUUAUGAGAUCAUCAACUUAAACUGUUCACACCGCAUCAAAACCAAGAUGACAGACUGUAAGGCAGUGAUCAGCACGUUACCAGGACAGACUCUUGGACCUGACGGGUUACAGGUGUCCUUCAGUCUUUCUAAUAUCCACAUGCCCAGGAUGUGGGUCGAGAACCAUCCAGAUAAAGACAGUCAGGCCUGCAUGCUGGUGUUUUAUCCAGACUUCAAGUCAAGCGGUUUGUCUCUUUCUGGAGGAUCGUCCAGUGUGAGCGAUGUGGUCAUUCUGCUGGACUCCUCCAGGUCUAUGCAGGGAGAAGCCAUGCUGAACGCCCGCAGGAUUGCCCUUCAAGUGCUCAAAUCUCUGGACCGCUCACUGAAGAUCAACAUCAUCUCUUUCAGCACUGAUUACAAGGAAGCUUUUCCUGCACCGGUGCCCUUAAAUGAGGCGUCUGAAGCCGCCAGGAAGUUUAUUAUGUCGUGUAGCGGCGCUGGUGGCAGCACUGAUCUGUGGCGUCCUCUCCGGAGCCUGAGCCUGCUGCCACCCUGCCGGGGCAUGAGGAACGUCCUGCUGCUGUCUGAUGGACACGUUCAGAACCAGCCUGUGACCUUACAGCUGGUCAGAGAAAACUCCUGCCACACGCGCCUCUUCACCUGUGGACUCAGCUUGACCGCUAAUCGUCAUAUGCUCAGAGCUUUGGCUCAGGCAGGUGGAGGAACAUAUGAGUUUUUUGACAUAAAGAUGAAACACACUUGGGCAGAAAAGGUGCGCGCUCAGGUUCAGCGUAUGGAAUCUCCAGGCUGCAAAUCAGUGGCAGUGAAGUGGCAGCAGUUUAAUCCCAGAGCGCCUCCGCCUGUUCAAGCUCCCUCACAGCUUCAUGCCCUCUUCAACGACUGGCACACUCUCAUAUACGGCUUUGUGCCGCACUGCACUCAGGCCACAUUGUUUGGUGAUUUGAGUGGGCAGGAGAUCGAAACAAUGGUUUCCAUCACAGAACUACAGAAGACGAAGGGAACUUUCCUUCACAAGUUAACAGCAAGAGCAAUCAUCAGAGACUAUGAAGAUGGCAUUCUAGGCGACAGUGAGGCAGAACAUGAGGAGAAGAAAGCAGAGAUGAAGUCCUUCAUCAUUGAGCUCAGUAAAGAGUUCUCCAUCUUGUCUCAGUUCACAAGCUUUGUCGCCAUCGAAGAGCGGGAGCUGAAUGAGCUUGACACUGGAUUCACAGAUAUUCCUAAACUCAUAUCAGAGGAGGAUGUGGACAUUCUGCCGUAUAUGCGCUGGACUGAAGAUGAUCUGGAUUCAUUCGCUCCAGCGGAGAGAGGCAGAGAGGAGAUUAUCAGAUGUGACGAAUUGAUGGAAUGUGGAGAUGAUUAUGAAAUGUAUGGAGCUUUAUGUGACCAUAAAUUGGAUGUUCUCAAUUUAGAGGGCAUCGAAUGCCUGCUAAGUGUUCCUCUGAAGCUGCCCUCUCCUCCUCCUCAACUCCUGUUUCUGACCUCGGACGCAGUUGAAAUUCAGGACAUACCAUCUUUCCAAAGUCUCAACCCUCCACUUCAAGAUGCGGCAGAGCAUUUGCCCGUUAAUUUAUCAGUUAGUUAUUCUCCUUCUACUCCCAGUUAUUCUCCUUCUAGUCCCAGUUAUUCUACUCCCAGUUAUUCUCGUUCUAGACCCAGUUAUUCUCCUCUUACUCCCAGUUAUUCUCCUUCUAGUCCCAAUUAUUUUCCUCUUACUCCCAGUUAUUCUCCUUCUAGUCCCAGUUAUUCUCUCGCUCGCAUUCCUAGUCCCAGUGUGCUCAUGAGGGAAACGUCUCCUCAACAGCAACAAGUUCUGAAAAAAAAAAAAAAACUCCGACAAACAUAUGGUACAGAAGCUACUCCAAAAAGAGCAAUAAACCUGUGCAGCAUAAUUGCUCACAGCAGCUCAGCAGCAAAGGAGGCAAAACCUGAUACUGUUACCUGGAACAAGCUGUUUGAACUUCAGCAUGAGGAUGGAUACUGGGAGUGCACUGGCAGGAUGAGCAGAUUUUUCAAGCUGGAUGUUGACUUUUUUGCCAACGUCUUUCUUAAGGAGAAAGGCAUCCAAUCUUUAGGUGUGAAGGCUCAUGCUGAUAUUCUGAGGCUGCUGGCGACUCUGCUGGUGCUCCAGCUGAUCCGGGUGAAGAAGCUGGCGGUGGGACGGCUGCUGGAGUCUCUCCUCCGGCUUAAAGAGUCCCAGGAGCCCAGACCGAUGUACUGGGAGGCGGUGAAGAGGGCCGUGGACUGGGCCUGCCGGACAGACAGACAGUAUCCGUGUGUGUGCAGCAGGCUGGAGAUUGGCAGGGAUUGGGAAUCAUCCACACGUCUGCUACUGGGCUGUGAUUCUCCACACCCGUAUUCCCCUCUCAAACCUGUUCUGGAGAGACGGAUGGGUUUUUCAGUCGUGUAGAAACUGGACACACACUUUUUUUACAGUUGAAAUUUACUGUUGCUGCUUUAUUUACUGCAAAACAAUUAUCUUUAUCGCCUUAAAGUGUUUUAAAGAUAUAUCUGUACAAUUUUUGGACAGGAGUGAUAUGACUGAGUUUGAUUGCAUCAGAUAAAGACCGCGUCUUUUUAAAGCUUUGAUUGAUUUAUGCAGAGAUUUGUUUCAUGUAUUAGUGAUUUCUUCUGAAUUUCAAUAUAACGUAUUAGACAAACCAAAGAUUUCAUUACUGAAACUAGGAUCAUGUUGUUUUAUCAUUUAAAAUAUAUCCAAAUGUUGUUUUGUUGACAAGUGUGCUUGUGUGUUUUUCUCCUGUGCUGUUUUAGCUCGGGGGUUCAUUAAAUAUGUUUCUUCAGUAAACAUUAUAUCAAUCUUAAAUGUAGCUUUAGCGCUAGUCCUACCAGUCCUACAAUCAGUUCCAACUAAUAGCCACAAUACACAAGGAAUACCUAAUGUCACGUCACUCAUGACAAUAAGUUCUAACCAGUAGCCACGAGACACAAGGAAUAUACUGUAUAAGCUGUCCAUUCAUUUAUUUAUUUGGUUGCAGAAACUGACACAGACGUUCACCCACCAUCCUCCUCACCAUCACCAGGUUGGCCCUGUCCAGAGGGGUAGGCUUCACCCCUGCCUUAGUCCUCAGCAGUCAUAGCGGGAUCUAAAAGCUUCUGAUGUAAGCUACAAAUGUUGCUUUGGCCAAAGAAAUCCUAUGUUCUGCUAAAUGAUACUUUUGUCAAAAAAUACUCAUCAAAUAAA